GAGUCACGCCCGCAGACUGAUUACACAUCAGGCUGAUGUGACCGAGCUGAAAAACCAACAGCAGCAGCAGCGAAAUCCACCGUGUCCAAUAGCGGCCGAGUGUCGGUGGGCGGUGAUAGUGAAGUUCUCAUCCCGAUAAAUGGUUCCCGUCGCAGACCCCGAUCCCGCAGCGUGUGUGUGUGUCGUGUGUUCACCGGAGCGAGAUGGAGAACAGCCGGGAGAAAACGCAGAAGAAGCCGGUGCGCCUCAUCGCGGCUGUUUGCAAUGACAUGGGGAUCGGGAAAGACGGACACCUGCCCUGGAAAUUACCGUCUGAAUUCCAGUACUUCCUCAAAACUGUCACCAGGGUGUCGAGACCAGGAAAGAUGAACAUGAUGGUCUGGGGUAAACUGUGCUGGUUCUCCCACCCGGAAACACUGUUCCCAUUGGCUAAUACUCUACAUGUGGUGUUGAGCACCAAACUGAAAAAAGUUCCAGAUCAUGCCCACUUCCUGUCCGUAGACUUUGAGAGCGCCAUCCGCUUGUCUGCAGAGCCCCCCCUCGCUGACCUGAUAGAGACCAUCUGGGUCGUUGGUGGUAUGCAGGUCUACAAGGAUGCAUUGAGCCACCCGUGGUGUGAUCUGGUUUAUCUUACCGAUGUCAUGGCUGACUUUGAGUGUGAUGUUUUCUUCCCUGAGUUUGACAGAGGAGUGUUCAAACUACAAGAAAGAUUUCCUCAGGUACCGAGUGGCAUUCAGGAGGAGGACGGCGUUAAGUACAAAUUCCAAGUAUUCAAGAAAUCGAUCUGUGAUGCCAUUUAGAUCAGAGACUGCAGAGAUAUUGUCCAAAAACUAAAUCACUGGAUUGUUCUGUUCUGCCUUAAAACUCCUUCGCAUAGCUCCUGGACAAACCGCAGAGGCAUUGCCAAAACCCAAACCCACAGUGUGUCGCACUUAUGCAAAUUCAAGGAAAACGUGUUGUAAAUUUUAGUUUUUUUGUCAGUGAGCAUUACUUGACCAAACAGUAUUUCUAAUCCAUGAAGAACACUGAGAAUAGAUAGUGUGGCAGCAGAGCAAUUUGUCAACCCAAGUAUUUGUGUUUCGGCUUAAAUUUAGUUUUGCCUGUUGCUGGGAAAAUAAUCUUCUGCCGACAUCUACCGUCCCUUAGUCACUUGUCAGCGUUUCCAUUUUCCCCUCCUCGGUGAAAUUGAAGCUCAAUGGAAAAUAAGAUGUGGUCGGUUCUCAGCAGACACAACAGAAACCAGUCAAUUAUUCAACUGGUUUCUUUUGA